AGCAAGGAGAGAGAAAAUGGACAGAGGGAAAUAUUUGGCAUUGGUGGGAGGAGGAGCUCUCUUGGGCUCUGUAUCUACCUUCUUUCUUCUUAGGCUUCUUCAAUCUCAAAAAAGAGGUGUAUCGCAGUGCAGUAAGAAUGUUCCGGCUGAUCUCAAUGGUGUUGAGGGAUGCUCUAUUUCUGGAAAGAAAAAUGAUAGGGUGGUUAACGAAGAUCUUCUGAAAGAUGAGAUUGUUUCAGAACAGCUAACUAGGAACAUUCAGUUUUUUGGCUUUGAAUCUCAGCAAAAAGUGACUGGAUCAUAUGUAGUGGUCAUUGGUCUUGGAGGUGUCGGUAGUCAUGCUGCUACUAUGCUCUUGAGAUCAGGGAUUGGCAAGCUUCUUCUUGUUGACUUUGACCAGGUUUUUUCUCAGAUUGAUUCACUCCUUAAUGUUUAAUGUGUCAUCUACAAAACUUCGUUGC